AUGCGUCUUCGCCUCACCAUUCAGCGCAACAGUCUGCCUGCUGCCAACAUUCUCUGGAAUAUUCCAGACACAAACAGUAAUGCAGCAUACACGAUUACCCGCCUCCUCGAAGAUGUCAACCACAUUAUACCACUUGAAGCCGAGAACUGGGGCCUAGAGGACUACAUCGUGGAGGUAGACGGUUUCGAGUGUCUGCAUUUCACACCUGUGACGCAGGCGCUGAAAGAAGAUGAUCACGUGUGCAUCCGUCCUCUUAUGACGGCCGAAGUCCGCGCACGAACCCUGACGGGGCGACUACAAAUCUCAGAUGGAGGUCAACAUCUUGUGGAUGGCGUGCCAUUCGGGCGACCCUAUCUGAGAGCACCGCAUCGACCCGCCGUACGAAUUCCUCCCCGCAAGCGCCAGCGAGCUGAUCAGCACGAGGCAGAGGAGGUUUGGCAAGGCCGCGAUUCCGUGGAUGCGCUUCUGCAAGGAAUGAACUAUGGGCCAGUCCAGCAACAAAUUGAGGAGGCGCCAUCUUCGAACGAUGCUGCGCUCUCAGGACCUGCUGGGCUAAUACCCCCUCAUAAGCGCCAACGACUGAACCCUAGGGAAGGAGCAGAGUCUCAUGAGGCUGGAAAAACAAUAGAUCCACUCCAGGCAGCUUUGGGUAAUUCGACUACACAAAACACAACAGCACAUGGACACACUGGCAGCAGUCAAACACUCCCCGGCCGCACCGCGCAGAAACCACUGACCAGACAGCAACGUGGACAGACAGGUCAAGUGCAUUUCAAGCAGCCAGUUGCAGAAGAGUUGGGAGCCAGCGAAGAUGAUGAGGAUGAGAGUGAGGAUGAGGACUUUGCGCCUGGGUACGAGAACAACAACUUUGGGGAUACAGAUAGUGACUCAAGCGAUUCUGAGUCCGACUCAGAAGCAUCAUCAAGUGACUCGGACCUUUCACGAUCAGAGUCAGACUCGGCCUCAGAUUCUUCUAGCGCUAGCGAAUCAGGUAGUGAUAGCAAUGCAAGCUCACCACCUGAUAUUGUCUCGUCGAAAGAUGGUUCAAAGGCGCAGGUGAACCCACCAAAUCCUACCUCAUCAAACUUUGUGCCUCCAGGUAAGGGUCGAGCAGCUACCAAAUUACGAAAUAGCCGUCGUACCCGCACAAAUCGCCUGCGCUAUCUUAAGGAGACUGGUCAACUAGAUCAGAAUGCUACCCUUGCCGAUCUGAAGGUAUACGAAGAUGCGAAGAUGGGCAGAGUUGAAGAAGAGCCAAUACCCAAGCACGCAUUCUCGUCAGCAUCAGGCAAGGGUAGUAAGAGUAGGUGCGUAGAAGACGAAGAGCCAACGCAAGCUGUUGCAAAUGGACAGCCUAGUGAACUCGAGAAGAGGAGGCAGGAGUUGAUGGCGAGACUUGGUGGAUCUAGUGAGCCACUUCAGGCAGAUGAAUCUGCUCUGGACGUUUCACAGACCGUGGUGGAAGUACCCAAUGGCUCCAUACCCGAGAUCUCAAGUGUGGAACAGUCUGCGAAGAAGGAAACAUCUACCAGGCGUAUGCGACCUGAUGUAUCUGCCAUCGGUCGCAUCAUUGCUCGUCAGACGGCUCGGCCUGCAAAAAAGGCAAAGACGAAGGCUGUAGACGAGAGUCCUCCUGAGCCUGAAGGAGCGUCGGACCCUGAUUUCUGGAGGUCCCGAAUCAACUUGUCAGCUUUUGAAUGUUGGGAGGAGGAAUUUGAGCUGCGCGCGCCGCCCUUUCCGUUCAAGCAACAUUGGGACCCGGUUAGCAAGCUUAUGCGUGACAGGAAACACAAAGGGAAGAAGAAGGGCUGCGAUUUCGAGGCUGCGAAUGAAUCGCGACGUUUCGAUGAUAAAGAAGACGAAAUCAUAUUGAACUACGAUGAUGUUCCAGCACAAGUCAAUCCAGAUACCGAGAUCAGUGCUGCUAUCGAGAGCCAGCUUCGUCAAGAUGUCGCUACCGCCACACAAGAGGCAGAUCUGCCAUCUUUACCAGAAGAUGUAAGCGUACUGCCAGUCUUAACGUCGGCAGACAUCAAAAGAGGUGCCGUCAUCGUCUGCAAGUUCUUCGCAAUCAACCCCAACACGAUCUCCCCUGAAAUUAGCGACUACAAGACAGCCGUCGUAGUACAAGAAGGCGAUUCUGGUAAUGGCGCUGGUACUAUACAACUCAAAAUUGCUGCGCGCGACUUACCACGGCGCGAGAAAAAGGUUGACAAACACGGGAACCGUAUCUAUGUUGCCGCUGAUGCAUUUUUGAUGGAGGACGAAGAUGACGAAGAAGAAGGAUUAUGGGAAGGACAGUUUGGUGAGCUGUUGGAGGCGAAGCUGUUGAAGGCCGGAGAGCCAUGA